GCAUCCCUUUUCCUCCUUCAUCCUUCUUCUCAGCUCUACCAUCUCCCUCAUCUCGAACAACAUCGACACUUCAAUUCUCGAUCUGUCCCGCGUCAGCCAGCACGAGAGUUGCAACGUCAGCCGACCUCUGUCGAAUCUCCAGCCUCACCUAGCAUUCAAUUAUCCAUAUCUUCACUCCUGACAUCACAAUGCCUGCUCCUCAAGUCAACGGCGAGGUGUCAAACCACAUCCACUCCGCCUUCCUCCAGCAUCUGCUCUCGUAUCCCCUGGUUAGCGACAGCAUUCACACUGUGACCUCCAACGAACUCGCGCAAAAGUCCAUCAAGCUCGGCGACUCUGCCUAUCGAACUUUCGCCGCCCCUGUGCUUCCCUACCUCCAGAAGCCCUAUGGCCUCAUCUCUCCCUACUUCCAAAAGGCCGACUCCUUUGGCGACCAGACCCUGGACCGCAUUGACGAGCGCUUCCCCAUUGUCAAGAAGCCCACGGGCGAUCUCUACAACGAGACGCGUGGUCUGAUCCUGCUUCCCUACCAGAAGGGCCUCGAGGGCAAGGAGCAUGUCUCCAAGAUCUACGCUUCCGAGCUCAAGAAGCUCGAGCAGGACGGCGUAGUAGCCCAGGGCAAGGCCGCUGUUUCCACCGCCUUUGUCGUUAGCAACGAGACGCUGGCCUGGUUGAGCAACUUGGUUGCCGUCAAGAAGGCCGAGGCCGCUGACGCCAGCAAGGAGAAGAUCAACCAGUAGACGAGUUUCCCGAAUGGAUUACCAGCGAAUUUUGUCUUUUCUUGUUUGAUCGGCGCUCUUUUUCCCUUUUCAUUUGUCUUUUUUCCAUCUUCACUUCAGCUUCCGCAUCUUCGUCGUUGUCGUGUCGCGCCCGGCUUCUUUCAUCGUCGCAUCGUCGAUUUCCGACGCCAGUCUAUUUCGCAUGCCAUAAGAAACACCUGGAAACAGGGAGGCCGGAGUAGACUGCUUGUUGGAUUGCGACUGGGCGUCUUUAGCCGGUGUCAGUAUCGCCUGUUUCCCCAGCGGCCACACUCUGACGCAUCUUGGUUCGAUUGGAUUCGAUCCUCAUUCCACUCCCUUGUUUCGCCAUGCUAUCAAUCCACCACCCGCCUCACGAUACCUGUGUGACCUGGGGACGAAUUGGGACCUCAUUCCCACCGGCAAAUGGAUGGCAAUUGGUCUAGGAUGGGAGGGUUUCCAACACGGAACGCUUGACUCUUCUUUGUUUUCAUGU